AGAGCAAGCGAGAAAAUGAUCGAGGCGAUGUUGUGUGUGCACGAGACGCGUGUCCGUCCGUGGAGCUUUCAUUGAAUUCUUAGCGUAUCCACUGUGAGCGCGUAAAAGAAUGCAGGGGCUCCACAGAUCGGUGCAGCUCCGCGCUCCCGACACCGAGUUGUGGUUAGCGGAGAGACUAGCGGAGUACCACAACCAGAGCGCGUUUCUUAACGGAUCCGAGCUGAACCGCUUUAGCAACCUGGAGGACAUCGACGUGGCCGGGGACGGUUCGCCGGAGCUGCGCAUCAUGAUGGCCAUAGUGUACUCGGUGGUGUGCGCGAUGGGUCUGGUGGGGAACCUGCUGGUGUUUUUCCUGAUGAAAGUGAGACAGGGCAGGAAGAAGUCCACGAUUAACUUCUUCAUCCUGAAUCUGGCCGUCACGGACUUCCAGUUCGUACUCGUUUUACCUUUCUGGGCCGUGGAACACGCGCUGGACUUCAACUGGCCAUUUGGACACGCCAUGUGCAAGAUCGUCCUCACCGUCACCGUGAUGAACGUGUACGCGAGCGCUUUCUUUCUGACAGCCAUGAGCGUUACGCGUUACUGGUCCGUCGCAUCCGCGCUCAAGGAUCGAACGCGCAACAGAACGUGCUCGGUGAAGCUGGUGAGCGCGCUCCUGUGGGUCCUGGCCAUCAUCGCCACGGCGCCCACUACCAUCUUCUCCACGGUGCGCAAGGUCAACGGCGUCAGACUGUGUCUGCUGAGCUUUCCUCAUGCCCAAUACUGGCUAGCGCUCUAUCACGUGCAGAAGAUCGUGGUGGCGUUCGUGAUACCCAUGCUGAUCAUCACCGUGUGUUAUUUACUCCUGCUGCGUCUCAUUCGGCAGAGGAGCAUGAACAACAAUCUCCCCAAACGCCAAUCCAGAGUCACCAAAUCCGUCACCAUAGUGGUGCUGUCGUUCUUCAUAUGCUGGCUACCGAACCACGCCAUCACCUUCUGGGGUGUCCUGGUUAAGUUGAACGUGGUUGAAUUCGAUAGGAUCUUCUACAUGCUUCAUACGUACGUGUUCUCGGUGACCAUCUGUUUGGCGACCACGAACAGCUGCUUGAACCCGGUGCUGUACUGUCUGAUGCGCAGAGAGUUCCGAAAGAUGCUAAAGGAUUUCUUCUGGCGCAUUUCAUCUCCGACCAUCGCCAACAGCUGUCGUGUCCGUCCGUUCUCCGGUAACCCGAAAGAUCACGACGACAGCGGUGUCGGGAUUCCACUCAAUGUGAUGGAAACCGAGCAGUUUAGACUCUCCGUGGUUAACGGGCAAUGCGACGCGUUACCGUCCACAGAGUGCGCAAUUAAAAGAUAGAUGCGUAAAUAUAACGCUGGACACUCGACCUACUGAGGAGAAAGGGAAACUCUUUGUUUUAUAAAGAUGUUAUGCAACACUAACAAACAUGAAAUAAUAAUAUUAUAUUAAGUGAUGUUUCAGUUUAUCCGGUGCCAAAAUACGCGUUUGACUACAGUCACCGACCGUUUAUCCGCUUUGUGUUAUUUUAUGCUUCUGUCCACGUUUUAUUCAGUGCAAAAUAGCAUUAAAAUAGAGCUGCAUUGCAGUUUUUGUAUUUUUAAAGAGUUAAUUAAUUAAAUCUGCUACCUAAAAUGUCCAUACAUUCAUUUUGUGGACAUAUGAUAAACCAGUAAGCACUUAUUGUAAAUAUAUACAAUUUUGAUCACAUUUUUUCCAUUUAAAUACACAAUAAUUAUACAUGUAAAUGACUUAAAUAAUAGUAAUUAUUGGCACCUCAUUUAAAUAUUUGUAUGACAAAGAAUAUUGUUGUAUUGUGUAAAAAGAAAUGUGUCAUUUCAUUGAUAAACACCCUGUAAAUGAAUUUAUUGCCUGGAAAUUCUGAAAUGAUUAAAAUGUAUUGUUCAUUUGGCGUGUAAUAAAGGUGUGUAAAUGUAAAGGUGAUGGUCUGAGAGGAAAUGAAUGUAAACAGUGUUACUGUCUUGUCCAUUUGAAGGGCAUAAUAAAAUUUCUGUCUUAUCACAGAAA